AUGAGGCCCAUAAGCCAACUCUCAAGCAAUCUUCUCAUGCUCAGCGCAUUUGUCAGAGGAGAUCCGAUUUGGCCAUCGGUAAAUGACGAGCUGGAAGAAAUCAUGUACCAAGUCAAAGGAUUCCAAAAUCGCGGCUUUGGUGGUACUGUGAUCCCCUGCUCAAGUGAGGCAUCAGGACCAGGAAGACAGAACGCAGCAGAGUGGCUACGCACUGGCUUCCACGAUAUGGCGACUCGCAAUACUUUCUUUAACAGAGGCGGACUGGACGGCUCUCUCCAAUAUGAGGUUGGUCGAGGGGAAAAUACCGGUCCUGGUUUCAAAACAACGCUCAAGUUCAUGUCCGACUACUAUUCGACUCGUUCGAGUGUCGCCGACCUGAUUGCCCUCGGUGUCUACUACUCGGUUCGCUCAUGCGGAGGGCCAGCUAUCCCAGUUCGUGGUGGCAGGAUCGAUGCGACUGCUGCUGGCGAUAUGGGUGUUCCACAACCCGAGAACAGUGUUUUCAGUUUUCAGCAGCGAUUCCUCGGCAUGGGCUUCGAUAGUACCGAGAUGAUACAGAUGACAGCUUGUGGCCAUACUCUUGGAGGCGUACACACAUCAGAGUUUCCAAACAUUGCACCAGCAAACUCGCCGAAUGGAGAGGCUGCUCUGGACUCGACUGUGGCCGUCUUUGAUAGCAAAGUUGUGAUUGAGUACCUGGCCAAUACGACGACAAACCCAUUGGUUAUUGGUCAAUCACAGACAAAUGGUAGAAACUCUGACGCAAGAGUCUUUGCUUCGGAUGGGAAUGCAACUGUCCAAGCCAUGUCCGACCCUUUGGCCUUUCAAAGCGUAUGCAAGACUGUUCUGCAAAAGAUGAUUGACGCCGUUCCUCCCAACGUCGUUCUCACGGAUCCUAUUGCACCGUACUUUGUCAAGCCCGUGGGACUACAACUCACAUUGGAGGGCGGGGCGACCAUGAUGACGUUGGGAGGCAUGAUUCGUGUCCGUACUACAGGACUCGCCGCUGCUCCUUUGAGUGUGACAAUAUUAUACAAGGACCGGAAUGGGGGUAGCGAUUGCAUGUUGGCGGGAUGUGCCUAUACGAUAAGCCAGCAAGGCAUUAGUUCUGGAUUCGAUGACAUGUUUGCCUGGUAUCAAUUUGGGGGUGGUUUCAGGAUUACAACUUUGGCUGGGAUUUCCUCCUUUAUCAUUGUUCUCAACUUUGCCGACGGUACAAAACAGACUUUUGACAAUAAUGGUGCUUCAUACCAGAUACAAGACGGUGUUCUUCUUCAGAAACCUCAGAGCUGUCUCCUGCAGACAACUGGGGCGCUUACAGUCACCGCAGCAGUGCGCAACGAUCGCAGUGCGUUGCCUGUGAACUUGAUAGUCUACCAGAAAACUGGCAGCAACAGCAAUCCAGUGGCCACCUUGAGCAACGCAACCACACCCAUGACGAAGGGUGCUUGCGUGGGGCCAUAUACUCUGUAUACAGCCAACUAUCAGAUUCCGGACGCCAGCCUUUCGUACUCGGCCAAGAUUGAUGUCAUCAGUGGAGCGGGAUCAGAUGUUCUGAGGGACGAUUUCAACAAGGCAACUGAAUUGGGUGGUUCGUGCGAUGCCUUUUCCGCUCCACCUGCUUCACUCUGCACAACUGGACAAGCUGGAACGACGUCGGGCACCAGCUCUACAACGUCAACCUCAAUAAGCAUCACAUCUUUCGCAUCCUCUUCUACGAAGCUGUCUUCCAGCACAAUCUCCUCUUCAAGUUCACUCACUAGCUCUUCUAGCUCAAGCUCUGCGACUGCCACAGGGCCUAUCCAGAAACAGAGCCUCGGGACUUAUCAGCUUCUCGGCUGCAAGAAGGAGCCAAGUAACGCUCGAGCACUGAGUGCGGCAAGAUACGCAUAUGAUGGAAUGACCUUGGAGUCUUGCAUGAAGAACUGCACGGGCUACAACUACUGGGGAACAGAGUUUGGCCGUGAAUGUUAUUGCGGCAACUCGAUAGACUCCAGAAGUGAAGAUGCAGCCAUAACUGAGUGCAAUAUGCCCUGUUCGGGGGACGCUACGGAAUACUGCGGCGCCGGAAAUCGAGUCGAGGUUUAUGUUGCAACAGCGACCCCUACUGCUUCACUGGCUCGCAAGCCCACCGUGUCACCAUACUCGCGCCUGGGUUGCUUCACCGAGGUUGCUGGUCGUGCUUUGACUGGGACCCGAUUUGCAGAUGAUGCCAUGACUUUGGAGUUGUGCGCAGCUAAAUGUUCAAGCUUCUCAUACUUUGCCACCGAGUACAGUCGCGAAUGCUACUGCGGCAACAUUCUCGAUUCCAGGAGUAUCAAGGUGGCUGAUGGUGAAUGCAAUAUGGUUUGUGCGGGCAGCAUUUACGAGUACUGUGGCGGCAGUAACAGACUCGAACUAUAUGGCCUGUCUACGAUACCCUCACCAGGCUCAACUACAGUGACCAGCUCUUCAAUUUCAUCCACCAUCAUGAAGACAACAAGUAGCUCCACUACUAUACAGUCUUUGCUUACAUCCGUCUCAAGCCUGACGUUCACCACCUCUCAAAGCUCCAGCACAACAAUAUCUAUACCCGUUUCUAGCAUCUCCUCGCAAACUUCAAGCAGCACCGUAACAACUCAACCAACCUCUGGCUCUGCAAAGCCGACAUCGAGCGCAUCAAGUAGCUCUUUGAGUAGCACUUUCACCAGCACCUCAUCGAUCACCACCGGUACCGGCAGUAUCAGCACAAAAGGCAGCUCGACAGGCAGCGUCACAUCCUCGCCGUCCACAACCACCGCCUCUUCUCUCCAACACAUCCCCACCGUGGGCAACUACACGCUCCAGGGGUGUCGCAAAGAAGCCACCAGUGGCGUCCGCGCCCUCUCGGCAAAAUCAACAAGCUCACCUACGGGCAUGACUCUCGAGACGUGCGCAACCUUUUGCUCGUCUUACCACUAUUUUGGCACCGAAUACGGCGGCGAGUGCUACUGCGGCAACACUCUAGCCAGCUCCUCUAACGAGGCAGCCAGCCCUGCGGACUGCGGCAUGGUCUGCACCGGAAACCGGUAUCAGUACUGCGGCGGGCCGAGCCGGCUCGAGCUCUACUACAGCAGCAGCGCAACCUCUGACGGGCCCGGACAGCCCGCGAUGGUGAGCAGUGGCGGCGGCGGCGGCGGCAUUUGGAAAUGGGACGGUUGUCGCACCGAAGCUGAUAACCACGUCCGGGCGCUGACGGGUCGGUCGGUCAGUGCUAAUGACAUGACACUUGAAAAGUGCGCCGCCACGUGUGCUGGUUUCAAGUACUUUGGGACUGAAUAUGGACGCGAGUGCUACUGCGGUAAUAACUUCAGCGCAGGGAGCAAUGAAACUGAUGCUGCAGAUUGCAACAUGGCCUGCAGCGGCAACUCUGGAGAGUUUUGCGGGGCGGGCAAUCGAUUGAGUGUCUAUGCCACUGGGUCAUGA